CUUAGUUGCUGAUGCCAUUGAAUCGAAAAGAAGAAGAAGAAGAUUUAAGGUGUUACAUUGGGAUGAAUAAAUAAUCAUCUAUUUCUUAGAUUUUUGUGGACCUAAAUUCAGUGACAAAAAACGGGAUUUCAAAAUGACAAACGUUAAAUUUACUGAAAAUGCAUAUUGCAAAAUGGUGUUACAUGCUACUAAAUACCCUCACUGCAGUGUUAAUGGAGUACUUUUAUCAAAAACGUCUCCUUUGAACAAUAAUAAAGAGAUAGAAUUUGUGGAUGCAGUUCCCUUAUUUCAUAUUUGUCUAAAUCUAACACCGAUGGUGGAAAUAGCUCUAAUGCAGAUUGAUGAAUACGCUUCGAAGAAGGGAUUAACUAUAUCAGGUUAUUAUGUAGCUCCAGAAAAUGUUCGAGAAGAUUCUUUUGACAAGUUGUAUAACAGGAUUUCUGAUAAAAUUGCUUCAAAUUGUACAAACUCCUAUGUUGUCAUUGUGAAUACUACAAGUACAAGCAUCCAAAAGGGAAGAAGAGCUCUGAAAGUAGCUCAGUAUGCUGAUGGAACUUACCGCCAGUGUGAAGAUUUGAGUGUUUCUGAUGAUGCAAUAAAUAUAUGCCUUUCUGCACUUAAUGGUUCAUUAUAUAAUAACUUGGUAGAUUUUGAUAACCAUCUGGACAACAUCCGAUUGGAUUGGACAAACACCACUCUCAAUAAAGAAAUUCAGUCCCUUUUAUGAGAAUUGUAUUUGCUACAAUUGUAUAAAAACUAAAAUAUGUGGCAUUAUUAUUUCAAUCUUUGUUACAUCUUAUAUGAGUGUUAUGGAAUAACAUUCCAUGUGAAGGGUAUAUUUUUAUUGGAUAUAGCACCAACAGGAAGUUUUUGAAUUCAACCGAUGUUAUCGGAUUAUAUACUGUAUUAUUCAAAGAAGAUUUUUGUUGUUUUUGUGUUGAAUACAUUCGUAUUACCAUAUUCCUGCUUUCUAUAUUUGGAGUGUAAUCAGUAGUUUAUUCUCCGAAAAGAAAAUAAAGUUUACCGAGUCAAAAAUCAUA